GUCAAUACGUCCACAAAUCUUGGGACAUGUCCUGGUACUUUGACCUUUCCCAAUAAGUAAAAUUUCAAAACAAUAUUCAAGGAAUUACACUUGAUUUUGAUUUCGGGGACAAGCCUUUUGGGUGGAGAGAUUUGGACCUCAAAAAUAUUGUUUGGUUUGCGUUCCACACACCUCUUCAAAAAUCCCCGCAUUUGCCACACUUUCCUUGCGCACAAGCUCCUCGUCUCCUCGUCUCCCAAAGGUUUCAGGCUUUCAGGGUUUCUGUCUCUUUUUAAAUAUUUCAUAAGAUCUUUUGCUAAAAAAGGUUUUCGAUAUCCCAUUUUGCUGGAUACCCAUUACUAUUGGCUAGUGGGUAUCUUUAAUUUUCUUCCCUCCAACAGAUCACAAUCAAAAAAAAGUUUUGGGUUUUGGUCAGUGGUCAAUUUCUUGAAGGGUUUCUGUAUAAGAGAAAGAAUGGUGGGGGCUCUGUCUGUGGUGAGUUCAUCAGUGGUGGAUUCGCAUACUAAUAUGGCCAUGAAGAGCUGUGGAGAGUUGGUUUCACAGAGGAGCUCAAUAAAGAGGAAGAAUUUGACAAGGCCUGGAUCAUUGGAGUUGGGAAGUUCUUUUCUGGAUUCAUGGCAUGGUUGGAGGCUUUCGAGGAAAGUAGUUCAGGCCAAUUGGAGUCAAAGAAGGCGGCGGAGAGAUCGGAGGCUUGUGGUGGUGAACGAGUUAGCAGGACAGUACGAGGACAGUUUUGAGGACGUUAAAUCGCAAAUCCUCAACUACUUCACGUACAAAGCAGUAAGGACAGUUCUUAACCAGCUCUAUGAGAUGAAUCCAACACAAUAUAGGUGGUUUUAUGAUUUUGUUGUCAGAAACAAGCCUGGUGGUGAUGGCAAGCGUUUCAUCCGCACACUUGGAAAGGAGAAGCAUGAGCUUGCUGAAAGAGUGAUGGUGACGCGGCUUCAUUUGUAUGGAAAGUGGGUUAAGAGAUGUAAUCAUGCCGAAAUAUACCAAGAGAUAUGUGAUGAGAACUUGGCGUUGAUGCGCGAGCGGCUCAUUGAGACAGUGAUAUGGCCAUCAGAUGAUUCAAACACAGAGAAGAUCGGCUGAAGCAUUCCAACCUGCAACUUCCUCCUUACCUGGACUUUCUUUUGUUCCACUUGCAUCAAGUGUUUGGUAUCAAAUAGCUUGGUUUUCAGAGACAGCCUUCUUUAUUAUUUUUCACAAGCUAAUAAGAAUUCUCAAAUUCCUGUGAUGUAAACAUGUAUGCCAGGAUAGUUCAAAAAUUUUCAAUAGAUUGUGUAAUGGCAAAAAA